AUGGCUUUCCUGUUCAAGUCGAAGAAAAAUCAGGACCGCGCCUUGGCGAGUCGCGAUGGUAAUUCGGGCUCGCAAGGCUCGAUUCAAAGCGCCAGCGCCAGGGUAGCAAAGGAGGAGAAAACUGCACAACACCGAGCCACGCCCACAGGCAGCCUCAGUUCUUUCGGCGACGACGCCAACCAUGGCAGCCCUGACCAGCCAUACGGCCGUCAGCGCGGUCCCAGCGUGGAUCAAGCUCCAAGCGCACCGAGUGACCUACCUUUUCGCAAUGGCGUCGCACAACAACCACCCUCGAAUCCGAAUGCCGCCCUGUACCCUUGGUCUCAACGGCGCCUCAACUAUACCUCGUCACACCCGAGCCCGUUUCCACGGUAUGGUGCCGCAGUAAAUUCCAUCUCAUCUAAAGAGGGCGACAUCUAUGUCAUGGGCGGCCUGAUCAACAGUGCCACCGUGAAGGGCGACCUGUGGAUGAUUGAAGCCGGUCAGAACAUGACCUGCUAUCCUCUCCCCACCACGGCCGAGGGUCCAGGUCCCAGAGUCGGUCAUGCCGGCCUUCUCGUCGGCAACGCUUUUAUUGUCUACGGAGGAGAUACCAAGGUAGAAGAUUCGGACCUUCUGGAUGAGACCCUAUACCUCCUAAACACAUCUACCCGCCAGUGGUCCAGAGCCCUACCGCCAGGGCCACGGCCGUCGGGUCGCUACGGCCAUACCUUGAACAUUCUGGGCUCCAAGAUUUUCAUCUUUGGCGGCCAGGUGGAGGGCUACUUCAUGAACGAUCUUGCGGCUUUUGACCUGAAUAAGCUCCAGUUGCCCAAUAACCGCUGGGAAAUGCUCAUUGAAAACACCGAGAGCACGGACCGUGUCCCUCCGGCGCGUACGAACCACUCCGUCAUCACGUUCAACGAGAAGAUGUAUUUAUUUGGCGGAACGAAUGGCUUCCAAUGGUUUAAUGAUGUCUGGUGCUAUGACCCCAUACCGAACGAGUGGACGCAACUGGACUGCAUAGGAUACAUUCCCGUCCCGCGUGAAGGCCACACAGCUGCCCUUGUUGACGAUGUCAUGUACGUAUUCGGCGGCCGGACUGAGGAAGGCGCCGAUCUGGGCGAUCUCGCCGCUUUUCGGAUCACUUCCAGGCGAUGGUACACCUUCCAGAACAUGGGCCCUUCCCCGUCACCGCGAUCAGGCCACAGCAUGACCACCGUAGGGAAGCAAAUCGUGGUUGUGGGAGGGGAGCCCAGCACGGCUCCCAUCAGUGCCGGAGAUCUAGGCAUCAUCUACGUGCUAGAUACGACAAAGAUUCGGUACCCCAACGACUCCCAGGCCCAGCAGAAUUCACGAGGACUCCCGCAACCCAGGCGCCCAAGUACCGCUACCGAACAGAACCCUGUGCGGACCGCACUGUCGCGAGAUGGGUCACAGGACUCGAGGGGACCCACCACCGGCGGUCCUCGAGAUGCGGGUAGGGUGAACAGCCCGCCAAACGGAUAUCGCGGUGAUCCCAUCGGGUCGGACAUCAAUGCAGUUUCUAUCGCUGGCGCGCAGUCCAGGCUUCCCAGGACCUCCGCGUCCUCGCCCGCCGGCCCGCCUCCUCAAGGUCCGACUCCUGCAAAACCCCAGACAUCGAGCGGCGGUCGCAUCCGUGGCGCGUCGACGGAGCGUGAUAUUCUGGGUGGCGGGUCCAUCCAAGUCAAUUCGAUGCAGUCUCCCACUAUCAGGGCGGCCCCCAACGAAGAUGAGUCUCCCAUUAUUAAUGGGCAUCGGACCCCUCCGCAGCAGCAGGGCGCCCCCAAACCCGAGGCGAACCCCGCAGAACAGCCGAAAACCAGAUCUCGACAAGCUGGUCGCUCACAGGAAUCCGUCGACAGCACCACCGAGUCCAGCAUGAGAUCGAUUCAACAACACAGACCGGCAUCCCCUCCGACGACGGCGCGGCAACCUAGCAAUUUACUGUCUCGGAGAUCCUCUGGCCGAAACUCCCAGACGGUCGCCCUCCUCAAGGAACUCGAUUCAGCACGGAACCGCAACGCUUGGUACGCGUCAGAACUCGAACUUGCGCGGAAGGCCGGCUACGCGCCCAACGCGAGCCUGAGUCCACUGGAAGGUCGUGCUACGGAGACGUUCGACGACGAAGACAAGCCACUGAUCGAAGCCCUCUUGGCCAUGCGCACGGAGCUUGCCAACGUCCAGAGCGCGGUGGAUAAGCAGGCCAUCCUCGCGGCGAAGCAGAUUGCCGAAGCCGAGAAACAAAGGGAUGCCGCGAUCCAGGAAGCCAUCUACGCCAAGGCGAAACUGGCCGCCCAGGUCGGGGGAGGGAGCGCCGCCAGCACGCCGCAGCAGGACUUCGGCGACCGAGACAACGCCGACGACCGGUCGGUGGAGAUCAGCAAGAAGCUGGCCACGGCUCUUCACCACCAGAAGAUGUUGGAAUCGCAGCUAGAGACGACCAGGAUGGAGCUCGAAGCCGAGAGACGCGCGCGGCAACUCGCUGACGACACGGCCAACGCGUCGCAGAAGCGUAUGACCGAGCUGGAAUCGUACAAAACCACCACGUCCCCUGAGCUAGAGCGGCUGAAGGCCGAGUUACACAUGGUGCAACGGGAGGCACGGGAACAGUCCGUGCUGCACGCGGAAGCCAUGGGGGCCAUGGAGCUUUUGCGCGUCGAAAAGGACGAAUGGCAGGCCAAGUACGAAGAGUCAGUGGGAAAUUCGCAGGAGCGAGACCAGACUUUCGAUUCUCUGAAGGAGGCCGUGGGGGCAUCGGCCGAGAUGAAGAUGCUUCUCGAAGACAAGCUGGACGAGGAACGAGCGCAGCGAGAGAAGGUCGAAGACAAACUCAGCAAGCUGAAGGCAGAACACGAGGCACGCACUGCCGAACUCGUCGCCACCACGCGGCGGCUGCGAGACGCCGAGGAAAUGGCCGAAAAACAUGCCAACGAAGCACGAACACACCGGCAAGCCGUCCUGGCGGGCUUCGACAAGCUUUCGGCUCGGAACGUUGGCGGGCCCAGCAAGGCAGAGUCGGAGCGCUUGGAAGCUCUCCAGAAGCAGUUGGAGACGGCCAAUGAUCUGGUCAAGAAGUACCAACAAGAAGCAGACGUGGCAGCGGACAAGCUUCGCACGGCGGAGGAGCGGAUCGCAGGAUUGGAGGUCUACCAAGAACAAUCCAGCCGUGAAGGCGUGGCAAUCCGACGUCAGCUCCAGGCGGCCCUCAGGGAUACGCAGAGUCUGCAAGGGGCCAACGCGGACCUCAAGAACCAACUGCAGAACCAGCAGCUGGAGACGAACGCCGUCGUGGUGCAGCACAACACUCUCAAGGACAUUCUCGCCGAGCGCGGUAUCAGUCCUACGAACAUGAGCCGGAACCGCAGCGUGAGCAGCCCGCGCACGGCGUCGCCGGAGCAGGCUCGCAUUCGUGAGUUGGAGGAGCAGCUCGAGAAGGCGGCGGCUGCGCAAGAGGAAGCCGAGCAACGCAACAUGGCCCAACUGGAAGCCACCGAAGCGGCAUACCGAGACAAGCUGACGCAGCUGGAGAACGAUUACCAGUCGGCCGUCCACUAUGUCAAAGGGACCGAGAAGAUGCUGAAGCAGCUCAAGGAGCAGCUCGCUCGCUACAAGGCGGAGAAUGCAGAGCUGAGGUCGGAGAUGGACGAGUUGGAAGAGCAGCGCGGACAGUCGGCGGCGGCGCUGGAUUGGGAGAAGGAACGCGAGGUGCUGCAGAGAAGGGUGGACAGCCUGCAAGAGGAAAUCCGGGCGUCCGGAGCGCAACUGGAGGAACGGUUGCGAGCUGUGCAGGAAGAGCUAGAGGAGGUCCGACGGGAACGUGACACGGCCCUGAAGACGACCGAAGAGGUGGCGGAGACGCUGUCGUCCAGCCGGCGGGACCUGGAGCAGCUUCAGCAGGCAAACUCGCUCCUGGAGCAGCGGGCGCAGGACGCCGAACAGAAGGUCUCGAUGCUCCUCGACCAGGUAGAGAGCUCGGUGGACAACUACCGUCGGCGGAGCCGGCAAGUACCCAGCGUGAGCUCAGAGCUAACGGCGCCUGGCGGCGGGGCCGGGGCCGGGGCCGGGUCCGCGAAUGGCGUCGGGCUGGGCCGGGGCCACAACCGGCAAGAGAGCUCGGACGUGGAGAGCGCAUACGGCGGCGGCGGGGGCACGGACCCGACGGAGGCGCGCAACAGCGCGGCGUUGGACAACCUCGCGACGGAACUCGAGACACUCCGGACGCACUGGGAGGCUACGAAUAAGAAUUAUCGACUGAGCAACACGUUCGACUUUGACAUUGCGGCCACGCCGACCCGAAGGGACGGCGAGAACGGGCCGGGGCUGAGCGAGAGUCUGGCGGACUGGCGGAAGAGGCUCGAGGUGGAGGAACAGACGGGCGAUGGCGGCGAUGCGUCCCAGAGCAAGGCUAAGGGCCGAGUCGAGCGGCCCUAG